AUGUCCUCCUCUCCCCCUCCUCGCGCCAGUCUCGACGGCCUGCCUACCGAGAUCAAGGCCCGCAUUCUCGAGUUUUGCGACCGCCAGGACAAGUGGCUUGCAGAGUUGCAUCGAUACCUCAAGACCUAUGCCGAGGAGCGGGAAGACCAUGUACGGGAGCACAGUGGGUGCGCUCUUUCAGCCCAGCAAGAGCUGGUCAUGCUGUCUGCGUCUUUUCGCUUCAAGGUCGUCAAAGUCUCCAGAACGAUGUCGACACUAUUCCGACUCUACAUCGCGCCAAAGUACGGUCCCCUUUUCAGCCGAAUCGAAUUCGACGACAAGCGUCCCGAGACCUUCGACACCAUCGUCGCUCUGCUCCCCUACUUUCCGAAUCUCACCGAAGCGUCCCUCUCGCUAGAAGGCUUUGUCAAACUUCUGCCAGAACGCGGCUCGACGAACAGGCUUGGCUGGCGGGAUCUGGAGAAGCACGCGCCCGUCGGCAUGGGACGUCUGCUGGCGUCGCUCGUCAGGCUCGACACGAACGUCAGUGCCGAGGGCGACUUGCGGCGCAUCUCCAGCACUAGCAGAAACCUCCGAUCACUCCGGCUGAUGGAUAGUCUCUCCACCAUCUCGGGCCAAGGUCUUGUCGACAUCGUUGCGGCGCUGCCCUUGCUGGCCGAACUUGGUUUGCCCAAGGACUGGCCUCUCACCUCUCUUGCCGAGGCAGCAGAUGCUGCAACCAGCCGAACACUUCCCCGGCUCACCCUCUACCAAGGUCCCGUGUAUCCCGACCUCAUUCAGUCUCUUGCCUUUCCCGGAACCUUCGCCAGCUCACUUCGUCACAUGAAGAUUGAGCUCAUCCGCCCACUCAGCAACGCAACGGACGAGGAACCGGCAUAUCCCGACGGCGUCCACUUCCCGCAUGUUCGAAGCCUCACCUUCACGACCGUUCACGAAGGCGGAGUCCGCGCGCUGUGCGGCAUCUCGUCUGCGCGCUUCCCGUCGCUCGCCUCGCUACGUGUCGAGAGUCUCGGCUUCGCGAACCCCUAUCUGUAUGACCAUCGGCCCAUCGCCACGUACCUCCAGUCCAACUUCUCCUUCCCCGGUACUCUUCGUCACGUUCAGCUGUGGUCUGACGACGAAGCUCUCAGACUCAAUGCAUUGGACGAUAUCGCCGACGACUUCGACUUCCCCGGCGUCACCGUCAGCACGAACCCCAUCGAGCCUUUCGUCGACGCCGCCUUCCUUGCCGCCAGCUGGAUUCGUCGCGACGUCCAGGAUGACUGGGACGUCGACAUGUGCCGCACUGGGGCGGCCGUCGACCGCACGAUAAACUUCCUGAACGAUUGGCACCGUCGGUCGGCGGACGAGGACGACGAUGGCGAGUACGCGAGGCUGGCGGUCGUCCUGCAGCGGGCGGAGCUGGAGCGGGUUGCGAUGUUGGGAUGA